GAGGAGCCGCAGCCUCAGCCGGACAGAAAGAUGUUCAAACGCCUCAAAAUGCUGAUGGUUUACCAUUCCAUAACCACACUGUGGUUUGACGAUUGGCGAGCGGUCACGGCAAGGCCCCCGUCGCUCGUUGGCAGGCUGGACGUCUACGGACCCUUGGCAGAACACAUGGAGCAGUUGCGGAUCUGCAUCAACAAACUCAACAAGCUUUGUGAGCUGGCCAGGUCUGAAGAGCACCUCUCAUUCGAAGGGCUAAGCGCAGUAGAUCCAAAGAUGGAAGGACUCCCAGAAGUGGCCCUACUGGACUUCCUGAUGCAGUCCCCUCACAUCCUUGACCUCCGCCACGUCGUACACUUACACCGGCGGGUCGACGACUACGUCUUCUAUUUCGAAAUGGUCUGGCCACUACCGACCCACUUCACACCCCGGCUGCUAUACAAGCUGAAAGUGGACGACUCCUUCGUCGAGCCUCUGCCGGUCAUGCCGUGGGAGCUGGUCAAGGUGGAGAAGGAAGGCGAGGAGGAAGAAAGGGAUGACCAGCAAAGUGCCAGCGAUUCCAGCGAUUGAUAGAGACGAUCGACGCCUAUCUUACUUAAAUCGUGUUAUAAAAUGUUCUUAAAGUAGCCUAAGUAGUUAUAAAUCGCAAAACCAUUUCUUUUAAUCAGAAAUGCACAGUUUGUUUAAAUUUCCUUAAUGUAAUCCACAACGGGAUAUCUAGUCAUUUUUACCGCGCAUUUUAUAUUCUGUUUUAAGAUUAGGUAAUUUGGUUCCGUGAAUAAAUAAGAUUUGUACUUUA